AUGAUUAUUUUAAUUCUUGUUCUUGUGAUUUCUAAUAAUGAACAACAACGUAUGCUUAAUAUGACUUCAUCAUCUUCCGUAAAUUUAGAUACUUUAGUUAAACAUGAUGAUGAAGAAGACUGGUUGACAAUUGAUGAAAAAGAUACUAAAUUGAAUUAUAGUGAUACAUUUGAAAAUGAUGAGUUUACUCCGAUAAAAUUAAGUUUUCAACUAACGGAAAAACAGAUUGCAACAGCUCUCGUCAUGCUGAAAGCCCGACAUAAACUUUCGAAUAUUUGUCUGAAACAUAUCUGUUAUCUUUUACGUUUAUUAAAAGUUUCCAAUGUUCCAAAAAGUUAUUCUCGAAUUAUGCGUAUUUUUCAUCGUGAAACUCAGACAAGUGAUAAAUCAACAAUUAUUAACAUUUGUAAUGAGUGCAAUGAAACCUGCAAAACUGCUGUUCAUUGUGAUAAUGUUGAAUGCAGUCAACAUGAGUAUUUAAAAAAAACUCCUUUAAAAUUUGUAUAUAUGUCUAUUUUGCCACAAAUUCGAAACAUUCUUGCUCGUACACAAUAUUUAAAUUUUGAACGUCAAAAUCAAUCCACAUACACAAUUGAUGUUAUGAAAGAUAUUACUGAUAGAGCAGCAUAUAAUCGAAUUUUAUUAGAACAAUUACAAACAAAAUUUAUAUCUCUAUUAAUGAAUAUUGAUGGUAUUCAGAUAGCUAAAAGCUCGAAUGCAUCUUUAUGGGUGAUAAGUUUUGUUGUUAAUGAACUAAAGCGUGAUGAAAGAUUUAAAAUGAAAAAUAUAAUAAUUGCCGGAGUAUCAUCCAGUAAAACAAAACCAUCACGAGAUCAAAUGUACACUAUACUUACUCCUAUUGUAAAAGAACUGAAAGAGUUAGAAAAUGGAAGAUAUUUUGAUUUAAAAGUAUUCAAUGGUGAUCUUGAACCACUUCGAGUGUUUCUGUUAGCAGUUUGCUUAGACAAGCCAGCGCAAGCGAUUACUCAAAAUUUAAAUGGGUGUGGAUGUGGGUAUGUUUGUCAAUGCUGUUCAUCAUUACGCUUUAUUCUGUUUCAAAUAAUGAAUAAAAACAUGACUGAUACAUCAUCACCAACAAUUGUUAAGAUUACAAAUGAUGAUUCACACAUAAACGAAAAAGCUCCUUUUCUUAAUGAACCUGUUGCAUCAAACAAUUUAUCCAAUUUAUCAGAUUCAUUUACUCUUGACAAAACUGGCAAAAAUAAGCUACCAUUUCCAGAUUUCGUUGAAAAAGUCUUUUAUCGUAUUCGGCAAACAACGACACCACGUUAUCAAUGUUUACUAUUGAUCACAUGGCCAUAUUUUGAAUAUAUAAUUAUGUUUCUUAUUUUGCUUAAUUGUAUUAUACUUGGAAUGUAUGAACCAUGUGCACAAUAUAAUAAGGUAGAGUCAUGGAAUAAAUGCAGUACGAUAUCUUGUACUGUGUUACACAUAACAAGUGGCUUUAUUUUUGUAUUAUUUAUAAUUGAAAUGUGUAUUAAAAUGAUAGCAAUGGGAGUACUUGGUGAAGGAACUUAUCUUGCUAACUCAUGGAAUCGAUUUGAUUGUUUUAUUGUACUUGCAGGAUCGGUAGAAUUUUUGAUAACAACUAAUAGUUGGAGUUUAUCAGUUAUUCGAACCGUUCGAGUACUUCGUCCAUUACGUAUCAUUAAUCGUAUCCCAUCGAUGCGUAUUAUUGUUCAACUUCUACUCGAUACAUUACCUAUUCUUGGCAAUAUACUUCUUCUCUGGAUUUCUAUCUUUUUUAUCUUUGGCUUCAUUGGUGUACAACUGUGGAAAGGAUUAUUACGUAAACGUUGUUUUCUACAGUUCAAUGAAACGAGUUUUGUUAAUUAUGAAUUAUUCAAUUAUUUUUCUAUUCCACCAUUUUAUACUCCUUCCGAUGAUAAAUCAUUUAUUUGUUCUGAUCCACUAUCUAGUGGAAUGACAAAAUGUUCAGAAAUUCCACCAUUUCGUCGAGAUAAAAUGACAUGUAAACUUAAUUUUGAUUCAUGGGAUUUAUCAUUAAAUCAAACAAUGAACGGAUGUAUUAACUGGAAUCAUUAUUAUCGAUCAUGUGUUACUUCUGAUCAAAAUCCAUUUUCUGGAACGAUUAGUUUCGAUGAUAUUCGUAGAGCAUGGACUGCUAUCUUGCAAAUAAUUACUUUAGAAAAUUGGAGUAUUAUAAUGUAUUAUGUACAAGAUGCACAUUCAUUUUGGAAUUGGAUUUAUUUUGUGUGUCUUAUUAUUGUUGGUUCCUAUGUUAUGAUCAAUCUUUGUCUGUUUGCUAUUUCUGCACAGCUUAAUGUGACAAAAAAGCGAGAGAUAGAGAAAAUGUUAGCUGAACAAAAACAGUUUAUACCUUCAACAAAUGCUGUAAGAAAUGAUCAAGCAAUUUCUUGUUGGGAAAAAAUAAUUAAUUAUUUUCAACAAUUAUCGAAAAAUGAAUAUCAACGAUUGAGCAUAUUCUGGAAAAAUUCUCAAUACAAACAUGAUAAAAUUAAUCAAAGAUAUGAUGAAAAGAUAAUAACAACAGCAGAUCCAUUAAUUAAUCAAAAUCAUCGACCAAAUUGUAGAUAUUAUCAAUUGCAAUCAUUAUUAUCAACUUCACCAAAUAAUAAUCUAUCAUUUAUUGAAAAAAAUCGAGAAAACAAAACAAAUCUUGAAAUUGAACAACAGAUAGAACAAAAUAAUAUAUGUGAUUGUUAUCACCAAGAUGAAAUUGUACAUCGAGAUGAUAAAGAAGAAGAAAACUCAAAAUGUGACCAACGAUCUAAUAGUUGUUGUUGUUCAUCUUUGAAAAUAAUACAAACAUUAAUUUCUCGUCUUGUUGCUAAUAAAUAUUUCGAUGGUAUUAUUUUCUUAGCUAUUAUUAUAAAUACAUUUUUAAUAGCUAUUGAAUAUCAUGGACAACCACAAUUCUUAACAAAUUUAUUACAAUUUAACAAUUAUUUUUUUACAAUAUUAUUUACAAUUGAAAUUCUAUUGAAAAUAAUUGCUCAUGGCUGUUUAGCGUAUAUUAAAAAUUUAUUUAAUAUAUUUGAUGGUGGAAUUGUUUUGAUUAGUCUUAUUCAAUUAAUUAUUUCAGGAAAUAGUGGAUUAUCUGUUUUGCGUGCAUUUAGAUUAUUAUGUCUAUUGAAAUUUCUUCGAUGUAUGCCAACAUUAAGACGACAUUUAAUAAUUGAAUCAUGUUUUAGUCGAUGUUGUGGACAACGAAUAUUUGGAUGGUUCAAGGAACGAGAAAAUUAUUCACUUUAUCUUUUUUCACCUUCGAAUAAAUUACGCAAAGUAUUUCAACGAUUAAUUCUAGAAAAAUUAUUUGAUUAUUUGAUUCUUUUUUUUAUCGUUCUCAAUUGUAUUACACUGGCGAUGGAACGUCCAUCAAUUUCAUCUACAAAUUUUGAACGACAAUUAAUAAACUAUACUAAUUAUAUCUGUACAAUUAUUUUUAUCAUUGAAAUGAUGAUUAAAAUAAUUGCAAGUGGACUUAUUGUUGGAUCAAAUACAUAUUUACGUUCAGGUUGGAAUGUUGUGGAUGGAUUUCUUGUAAUUAUUGCAAUUAUUGAUAUUGGUAUUAUGCAUCGAUAUAAAAUUACAUCAUCUCCACAAUCUGAUACGACAUCAGAUAUUGCAGACAUAGUGACAGUCUUUCGUUUAUUACGAGCAUUAAUACCACUUCGAGUUAUUAAUCGAGCACCCGGUGUUAAAUUUGUUGUUCCAAUGUUAUUGUCAUCAUUGAAAGCAAUCGCCAAUGUUUGUAUUAUUUUUAGCAUAUUUUUUAUCAUCUUUGGCAUUCUUGGUGUUCAGCUCUUCAAAGGAAAAUUCUACUAUUGUGAAGGUCCUCUUGCUCAUAAUGUGCCAACAAGAAAACAAUGUGAAAUGAUGUCUGAUCAUCAAUGGCGAAAUCAAGAAUAUAAUUUUGAUAAUUUGGGUCAAGCUUUAUUAACAUUAUUAGCUCUUACAUCAAAAGAUGAUUCGAUACCAAUAAUGUAUAUGGGUGUUAAUACAGUUGAAGUUGACAUGCAACCAAUAAAAUAUUAUAGCAAAAAAAAAUUAAUUUAUUUUAUAUCAUUUCUAUUAGUUUUCGAGUUUUAUGGUAUUAGUACGUUCGUUGGUAUUGUCGUUGAAAAUUUUCAUAACUAUCAUAUCCAGCAGAAACGUAACGAAGAAACACGAAAACAAAGAAAACCAAUUGAACAUCAAAAACAUCCUGUGAGUGAAUUACCAUAUUAUACACAUUUUUCACCAUGGCGUAAACGUUUGUAUGAUAUAUGCGUUAGUAAAUAUUUUGAUUUAAUUAUUACUGUUAUUACUGGUAUUUAUGUUGUUACAAUAUCAUGUGAAUUUUAUCUUAUGCCAGUUACUUUGGAUAUAUUUCUUAAAUAUUGUAAUUAUGUAUUUACGAUUAUAUUUUUACUUGAAUUUAUAUUGAAAAUUGUUGCACUCGGACCAUUACAUUAUUUUAAAGACAAAUGGAAUUUGUUAGAUUCAUUUCUUUUACUUGCAUUAAUAGCUGAUAUUAUAUUAGAAAAAAUAAUAAGUGGAAAUAUUCUUCCAAUAAGUGCAACACUUAUUCGUAUGAUUAGAUUAGUGAGAAUUGCACGAGUUCUCAAACUACUGAAGAUGAUCAAAGGUAUUCGAUCUCUAUUAAAUAGAGUUAGUGAAGCACUUCCACAUGUUGGAAAUUUGGGUCUUCUAUUAUUUCUUCUAUUCUUUAUCUUUGCUAUAUUGGCCGUUGAAUUAUUUGGAAAAUUAGAAUGUAGUCAAGAACAACCAUGUAGUGGUCUUAGUAAACAUGCGAAUUUUAAAAAUUUUGGUAUAGCUCUACUUACAUUAUUUCGCAUAGCAACAGGAGAUAAUUGGAAUGAUAUUAUGAAAGACACUUUACGCCAAGAUGAUUUAUCUAUUACUGAAGAAAAUAAGUGGACAGCAAUGAUUUCACCUAUUUAUUUUGUUACCUUUGUUACCAUGACUCCACUUGUACUUACUAAUAUGGUUGUCGUUGUACUCUUGAAAAAUCUUGAAAACUCAAAUAAGAUGACAAAUGAUGAUGCUAAAAUCAGUGGAAAAAUUGAACUACAGCUUCAAGUUGAUCUGCAUGAUCGAAACAAUUUUGAACAAUAA